CAGCAGCAGCAGCAGCAGCAGCAGCAGCAACAGCAACGCCAUAAUGGAGAAUCAGAUGGCUCUGGCCCCGUUGGGACUCUCGCAGAGCAUGGACUCCGUGAAUACGGCCAGCAAUGAGGAAGAGGUUCGCACACUUUUCGUCAGUGGUUUGCCCAUGGACGCCAAGCCGCGCGAGCUCUAUUUGUUAUUCAGAGCCUAUGAGGGCUAUGAAGGAUCUCUUUUGAAAGUAACUAGCAAAAAUGGCAAAACUGCAUCGCCCGUUGGCUUUGUGACAUUCCAUACAAGAGCUGGAGCUGAGGCAGCUAAACAGGAUCUGCAGCAGGGUGUACGCUUCGAUCCCGAUAUGCCCCAAACAAUUCGCUUGGAAUUCGCCAAGAGUAACACGAAAGUGAGCAAACCCAAACCACAGCCCAAUACAGCGACAACAGCCUCACAUCCUGCAUUGAUGCACCCACUCACUGGACAUCUGGGCGGUCCCUUCUUUCCGGGCGGACCGGAGCUAUGGCAUCAUCCGCUAGCCUAUUCGGCAGCCGCCGCCGCCGAAUUGCCAGGAGCUGCUGCACUGCAGCAUGCAACGCUAGUGCAUCCGGCCCUGCAUCCGCAGGUGCCAGUGCGCUCCUAUCUCUGACUAAAUACAGACAAAGUAAUGGAGCAGCCGAUGCAUCAAACUCAAAUGACCAUGCCGCCACAUCAUCAGACAACUGCUAUUCAUCCCGGAGCUGCGAUGGCUCACAUGGCUGCGGCAGCUGCAGCAGCCGGCGGAGGCGGGGGAGCGGCCACCGCUGCUGCUGCACCGCAGAGUGCUGCUGCGACGGCUGCUGCAAGUGCCGCUGCAGCGGCUGCUGCCUCACAUCAUCACUAUCUGUCGAGUCCGGCGCUGGCCAGCCCGGCUGGCUCCACGAACAACGCCAGUCAUCCGGGCAAUCCACAGAUCGCGGCCAAUGCGCCCUGCUCCACGCUGUUUGUGGCCAAUCUGGGGCAAUUCGUGUCCGAGCACGAGCUGAAGGAGGUGUUCUCUAGUAUGCCUGGCUUUUGUCGCCUACGAAUGCACACAAAAGCCAUGGCAACAGCAACUGGCUCAAGCUGCUCCACCAGUAACGGCAGUGGCAGCAGCAACAGCAACCACAACAACGCUGCGGUGCAGCAACAUCCGGUGGCAUUCAUCGAGUUCAAGGACCCACCGACCGCGUCUCAGGCCAUGCAGCAGCUGCAGGGUAAAUAUCUGCUCAGCUCGGAUCGCGGUUCCAUCCGCAUCGAGUUUGCGCGCAGCAAAAUGAUCAACGAGGUGACCAUAAUGAACACCAAGGCACCGCCACCACCACCACCCACUGCUGUUGCUGCUACUGCUGCACCACCGCCACCACCAGCACCCAUGUACAUCCUGAACGGCGGUGGGGGGGUCGAGCACCUGCUGGUCCCAGCACCACCGCCGUCGGCACAGCAGCAGCAGCAGCAGCAACUCCAGAUGCAGCAACUGCAGCAGCAGAUGCACCUGCAGCAGCAACAUCAGCAGCAGCAGCAACUCCAACUGACCGUGGCAGCACCAUGCACCGCAGCAAGCACCACCACCCACAGCAGCACCACUAGCGUUGUUGUUAACUCACUACAGCACCACCAACUUCAUCAUCCAAAUCAGCACCACCAAAAUCAUCUCUUUAGAGACCAACAGCAACAGCAGCAGCAUCAGCAGCAAGCAACAAUCCAGCAGCAAUCAGCAACAACAAAGGAGCGGGUAUGGAAUCACGGCAUGAUUUGCUCGCUAAAAAGCUAGAGCGCGAGAUGCAGCAACAGCAGACGCAAGUGCACCACCAGAC